AUGGACGGCAACGUGGUUCCUCAGACCGUGAGGAAGGUCCCCUCGGUCAAAGUGAAGGCGUCCGGCUGCCCGGGAAACCCAGACAAGAAGGCUUGGACGAAUCCAAUCUGCAUGGACGGCAUGCCGUUUGUGAAGAAUGGCGAGUUUAUGUUCGAUAUCACGCGCACGAAACUUUGCGCCGGCUGGUGCGGCGUAUCGUCCACCGCCACACAAUCCCAGUGCAUCGUUGGGGACGAAGUGAAGCAGAAGCUCGACGCGUGCUGCGCCGGGUUCCAGUGCAACAGAGCGGGCUUACCGAAAUGUAAGUUCUGA